CAACCAUCCCCAAAGGAGCAGUAGUCCACCUUCGUUUUCCAAAAGGAAAGAGAGAGAGAAGAGAACCCAAAAAUAGAGAAAUUUCCCCAGAAAAAUCGCAGAUAUGAUGGAGCAAGGAGCGAGCUUGAGCUUCCAUGGCCAAAAGGGAAUCGAAGCCAUCAGAAAAAUAAUUCAUCUUUGCCGCAAGAUUCUUCACCUUGACCUCCAGUGGAAGAACAUCUUUCACCCAGUCACCUUCUUCCGGCGACUUUUUCGGUUAAUUUGGGAUCGGAUUCUUGGUUGCUACCCUGGGAAAUCCUUCCGUUACCGGCGGUUACAGCGUAACUUGUCUUCCAUCUCUCCUGCUAAUAUCGAGUCCGGCGACCCCGCCUCCACCUCCAGAAAUUUCGAUAUGGAAUCCGAUUCAGUGAUGCUCAAGAUCAGUAUUUUGGGCGAUUCUCACAUUGGCAAAACCAGUUUUGUUAUUAAGUAUGUAGGAGAUGAGCAAGAACAGAGGAGUUUGCAGAUGUCAGGAUUGAAUGUAAUGGAUAAAGUAUUCUUAGUUAAAGGAGCAAAAAUUGCUUUUAGUAUUUGGGAUGUAGGAGGAGAUCAUUCGUCUCUUAACCAUGUUCCCAUCGCCUGUAAAGAUGCCGCAGCCAUCUUAAUCAUGUUCGAUCUCACAAGUCGAUGCACACUAAACAGUGUCCUCCGAUGGUAUCAACAAGCAAGAAAGUGGAAUCAGACGGCGAUUCCAAUACUAAUCGGGACCAAGUUUGAUGAUUUUGUUCGCCUUCCUCUGGAUAUGCAAUUGACAAUCGUGAACCAGGCAAGAGCAUACGCGCAAGCGAUGAAGGCAACACUCUUCUUCUCAAGUGCAACCCACAACAUCAAUGUGAACAAGAUCUUCAAAUUCAUCACUGCCAAGCUUUUCAACUUGCCAUGGACAGUGCAGCGGAAUCUGACUAUUGGAGAACCCAUCAUCGACUUCUGAGUCUUCUGGGCGGAGGUGAACGGGUCUUCUUUGUGGUAUCUUUGCUCUUUUCUUCACGAAAAGGCUGGCAAUCCAUUAAAUCAAAUCUAAUCAAAACAUGUAUAUAGCAAUAUGACUCUGUAAUUAAACCCAGGAGGGUGACACCCAUGUCCCCUCGGGUUCUAGUAUAAUACAGUGUUCUUCAUAGUCCAGUCAGAGAAGGAAGGUGAUAAAUUUUUCAAAAUGAUACAAAAUAUAAAGUAAUAACAAAGAUCACAUACUUGAUUUUC